GAACAAUUUUUCAUUUGUAUGUGGUUAUAGAAAAUUCCGUAUUCCGAAUCUUUGUGCGAUAUAUGCAUAUCUUGGAAGUGUUGAAAUUUGUACAAUUGGUAGUGUUAUAAUUUUAGAAUACACAUUUGGAGUAGGAUAUUCUCGCCAAAGCAUUGUUUGUGUGGUAAGAAACCUAGGAAUCUGCCAUCCAAGAAAGAUUGGCAGUAUAAGUAUUGGAUAUUUGCCAAAUACAAUUUUCUAUCAGUAUGGAGAAGUUACGACUCAUGAAAGAUAAUCGCUCAGAAAUAAUUGUUGGCGGGAAAUACAGAAUAAUUCGAAAAAUAGGUAGUGGAUCGUUUGGAGAUAUUUAUCUGGGAAUGAGUAUACAAAGUGGUGAAGAAGUCGCCGUGAAAAUGGAAAGCGCAAACGCACGGCAUCCACAACUUUUAUAUGAAGCAAAACUCUAUCGAAUUCUAACUGGUGGAGUUGGUAUCCCUAGAAUUCGAUAUCAUGGCAAAGAAAAAAAUUUUAAUACUUUGGUUAUGGAUCUUCUUGGACCUUCUCUAGAAGAUUUGUUUAAUUUUUGUACGCGGCAUUUUACUAUUAAAACGGUGCUAAUGCUGGUGGAUCAAAUGAUUGGACGCCUUGAAUAUAUCCAUUUAAAGUGCUUUAUUCACAGGGAUAUUAAACCCGAUAACUUUCUAAUGGGCAUCGGCCGCCAUUGCAAUAAACUUUUUUUGAUUGAUUUUGGUUUAGCUAAAAAAUAUCGUGAUCCCGUUACCCGCGUUCACAUAACAUAUCGUGAGGAUAAAAAUUUAACAGGAACAGCACGAUAUGCUUCGAUAAAUGCGCAUUUGGGUAUCGAGCAGUCUAGAAGAGAUGAUAUGGAAUCACUGGGCUAUGUUAUGAUGUAUUUUAACCGCGGAGUUCUACCUUGGCAGGGCAUGAAAGCAAAUAAUAAACAACAAAAAUAUGAAAAAAUUUCUGAAAAGAAAAUGUCUACACCAAUUGAAACACUUUGCAAAGGAUUUCCAGCCGAGUUCUCAAUGUAUCUUAAUUAUUGCCGCAGCUUGCGAUUCGAGGAACAACCAGAUUACAUGUAUCUCCGGCAGCUUUUCAGAAUCCUAUUUAGAACAUUGAACCACCAUUAUGAUUAUGUCUACGAUUGGACUAUGUUGAAACAAAAAACACAUCAAGGGCAACCAAAUCCAGCAAUAAUGCUAGGACAAGCUGAGUCACGCAACGAACGUGAAAAGGAAAAAGAUAAACAGGGUGGAAAACCGAUGAUAUCUGAUUAAAACCAAUUGUAAUAACUCGUGAAAUCAUACGCGUAUUUUCUAGGAAUACAACUGGAAUUUGAUUGUAGUAAAUAAUGCAAAUACAUUUUGCACAUCCGAGGGAUAUUGAUAUAUAAUUUACAAUAACUACUGUACACAAUUUGAAUUACGCCAAUAAAGACUAAUUGUUUUAAACCUGCAAAAGGAAAUUGAAAACAAUACAAUA